AUCGGAUGAAUGAGUGAAUUAGUGGGUAUUAAAUUGGUAAUAAUAUGAAGAAUAUGGGUGAAUAAAAGGUUAGAGAUUAUAAAUGUUACAAAAGAAAUAAUGUCCAUAUUUUUACCACUAACUAUGUGGUUAAAGGGAUAAUGAAGGCCACAUUCUGCCAAACAUGGGAAAUUAAGGCAACAAUUUAAUUUGUUAUUUUAUUAUUAAAAUGCUCACUCACAUAAUGCAACAAUAUGCUUAGAUAAAGUUGAGUAACUUUUCAUCAUAAAAAAUAGUUUAGUGGUUUUUAGUAUAGUAUAAAAGGAAAAUUGAGAUCAUUCAUGAAAUUAACCCCAAAAACAGGUGAGAAUGCAAAUUCAUUAGGAAAGUAAAAACGAGAUCUUUUUUUUUUAAUCUGCAAUUGGAUUUUGAUCAUUCUCAAUUCUUGUGGAGCAGAGAAGCAGUGUGAAGAACCUGAAAAGCAUACGAGGUUAGAUUUGCAGCAAGUUAUGAAUGAUCAACAUAAACAAGAAAAUCCCACAGCUCCAACAAUUCUUCCAGCAAAACGAAGGCGUGGUCGUCCUCGAAAAGAUGAAGGUCCAGCUAAAAGAAUAAUCUUGCAGACUCCAAUAGCUCCAGUACCUGAAAUGAGCCAAAAAGAUAGCACUGAUGGAAACAUGUUGGGACAAAUAGUUUCUGGUGUCAUUGAUGGUUCUUUUGAUGCAGGUUACUUCCUUUCUGUUAAGCUCGGUAACAACGCCACCAUGCUCCGCGGAUUAGUCUUCGAGCCGGGGCGAUUUUCUCCAAUUACAGCAGCAAAUGACAUUGCCCCACAAGUUAAAAUGCAUCACAGAAGUAGAGUUAUAACUCUACAAGAUCAAGAAAAUAGUACCAAAAAGCAGUUGGACAUGCCUCCUGGACAAAUUUUGCCUGAUAAUCGACACGCUGAUAGGGAUGAAAUGCUCAAAAUUCAAUCCCAAUUUACCCCUUUAUUGGAAAACCUUAGAAUGGUUGAACAAGACGAGGUGAUGGAGGUAUUCGAAGUCAUGAACCAAUCAGAACGUCCUGAGUUAAAUGCAGAACCAAGUAAAUUUGUAGACUUUUCAGAAUCCAUGUUGGGAUCAAAAGCUAGUGAGGGAACAAGCGCUAGCACUAGCAAAGGGGAGAACCAAUAUAAUAAUAAUGUUGUCGAUAAGUCUCAAGAAAUGGAACUAGAUCGAAAACAGGUUAAUUUUGAAGUGGUGGAGAACAAGUCCAAUCUUGAAACUUUACUUCAGCCAAGAGAGUUGGUUCAAUGUGAACAACAGAAACUCGAGAUCCACCAAGCUCGCCGUAUAGAUACUCAAGAACUUCCUACAAUUAAUCCAGAGAUUCAGCUGAAAGAGUUGUCACAAAGUGGACAAGGGAAUCAAGAUUUUCAACCCCACCAAACUCCUCCAUUUCUUGAACUUAACUUUGUUGCCCAAGAAUCAGUAGCAGCAGAAAGUAAACUCCAGCCAAGUGAUCCAAUUCUUAGUGAACUGAAAAAUUCAUCUUUUGAAGUACAUUUUAUUGACAUGCCUCAAGCUGUUGAAUCUGUACAAGAGAAUCCAAGACAAGUUCUUCCUCAAGAGUCAGUCAGUGGAUCAAUGGACGUUAUGAUGGAAAAGCAAAGUUCUACAAAUAUCAAGGAACAACAAAGUAGUGAUGUUGGGACACAAGUUAAGGUUUUAGGAAAGGAAGAAACUUCACAUGAAAGGGAACAAGCAAGUGAUCUUAAUUAGUGAUAAACUUGUGUUAGGUUCACAAUAAUUUCUUUCCUUCCCACUUCCUCAAGGUUCUCUUUAUGUUCGUGGUUAAAGCCAAUUUAUUUUGUGCCCUUUCACCCUUUUUUCCCUUUAAAUGGCAUGUCUAUUCUAAGACACUAGUUUAGUGA